AUGCUGUUCCCCAUCCUUGGAGGGCUUCUCCCUCUCUCGCUGGAAAUCGUAUCUUCGGUCCUAUCCGCCGCAGUCGCUGAAUCAACCCCGUCACCCGAGCCAAUUGAGGUCGUCCAACUGCCACUACCACCAGUCGUGCCCACAGACGAUGUCGGUGCCUGUACCCGCCGAGUUAACCCUCAUGGCACUGGAUGCAUGGGGAAAACAUCUUUAAUGCAAGGUGGCAACUUCUCCCCCGACGGAAAUUACGUCUGGGCCAGCCUUAAUUUCACCGGUGCCCCAGCCGCACCAGACCCAGCAAGCAUCUACACGGGAGUCCAAUUGAUAAUGGUCAGCACGAAUGGAACCAACUUCUCCACUGGCGACCCAUGGAAGUGUGUGACUUGUGGUAUACCGGAAAACAACAAAGUGGGCAGUACGUCCUUGAGCGAUUACCCUCAGACUUUCACCGAUGGUCGACGCGCAAUGGCUGGAGCCAACAUCAUCGAAUGUCGAGUGGGCCAAUUGGCAAGUGAUGAGUGCACUCCGGACCAGAUUUACAUUUAUCCCAUUCGGAUGAGCAACAAGGCGGAUGAUUCCGGGUCGGGAGCCAGCAUUCGCGAGCUACGCUUGCACCCCGAUGACGUCCACCUGGGUUUCAACUCAUACAGCACCACCUCAUCUGGUCAGCUGAAUGAGAAUGGAUAUUUCGGCCGACUGCACUUCAACGAAUCCCCUACUACAGGAUCUCCUCGCAGUGCUCGAUAUGACAUCGUCAAUGUGACUGUUCUCAUUUCCCCGAACGGACUACAACCAUACAACGUCACAGGCGAUCGACUUUACAUUAACCGGGAGGCCAUAACUGUAGGAGAAUUCCGAGGAUUCACUGGCCGCGGUAACGAAGUCCUGUAUAUAGGUAGUCCUUGGGAAUCCUGCAAUGUCGAUCUAUUUGCCGUUCAUUUGACUACUGGUCGCGUCCGCCGUGUCACCACGCACCCUGGGUACGUUGACCCUGUGGGUGAUUCUCCGGAUGGCCGAUGGCAGGUCAUCUUGGACACCCGUGGCACGGACCGCAUGGAAUUUUUGUCGGGGAUGCGUGGCGUUCCUCCUGUGACGGACCUGAUUACAAUCGCUACAGUUUCAUCUGUGCGUAACAAUGGGGUUCGACGCUACUUCCAACCUUGGCUGCUGGACGCUCAGGGUGACCACGAUCCCAAUUACUACGGCCAACAGGUUAAUGCCGAUGGAAACAGACAGCCUGGCAGCGUUAAUGACCCCAACUGGAAUGCUGGAGCAGAUCCUCGGUGUCGACAACCUUACCAUACUGACCCUGUGCAUCCGGUUUCCGAUACCGUACCAUGGGGACUGCCAUAUACCCCAGGCAACACCAGCAUUCCCGAGGUCUUGAAUGUGCCCCCGGGCAACUUUACGCUCCAUGGACUCCACUCAGGAUUGGCCCAUGUUGUUCUCCAAAUAAGCGAGGCCACUUCCUCUAUCAACUUUAUUUCGGCCACCUACCAUAACUACUCUGAUGAUGGCCUUCAUUAUAUAAACGGAUAUGAGUCGGUGGCCGCCACUAUGGUGUCAUAUUCAUCUACCCGCCUCGACUGGUAUUCCAACCUCACCGGAACUGGAGUUUCGUCUAGUACGAAGAUAACCAGCCCUGAUGGAUUUCACGUAGUUGAUGAUGCCAUGACUAAUAUCUUCCACGCCAAUGGGACCCUGAUUACUACUGUCGAUGGGGUAGUAUACAAGCAGCCAUUGAAUGAAGCAUGA